AUCAAAACUAUACAUCGCAGUCAGUCGCAGAGAGAAGAGAGCAGGACAGGUUGAAAAGAGCUGGAGGCUUGUACUAUCAAAUACUGUUGGUUGCAGGUUGUAACCGGACCUAACACACAAGCUGGAAGACAGCCAUCCACUUCCCUCCGGGAUUUUUUCACACUGCAUAUCAGGAAGGUCUCAGCGCAGCGUGGGUGCCCAGGGAUCCACUGCCUGAGUGUGGGGAGAGCAGCGGUCGAGACCCCAGAGACAUGAACCACACCAAGGGUGGCCUGGUUAUCUUCACCGCCAACUCACACCCCUCUAGCCGCGAGCUGAGCAAGAGGAUUGCAGAGCGGUUAGGGGUGGAGCUUGGCAAGGUGCAGGUAUACCAAGAAGCUAACCGAGAAACACGGGUACAGAUCCAAGAGUCGGUGCGAGGCAAAGAUGUCUUUGUGAUCCAGACAGUGUCCAAGGAUGUGAACACCACCAUAAUGGAAAUGCUGAUCAUGGUGUACGCAUGUAGGACAUCCUGUGCCAGAAGCAUCACAGGAGUCCUUCCCUACUUCCCCUACAGCAAGCAGUGCAAGAUGAGAAAGAGGGGCUCCAUCGUCUCCAAGCUUAUUGCCUCUAUGAUGUGCAAAGCUGGUCUCACCCACCUGAUCACCAUGGACCUUCAUCAGAAAGAGAUUCAAGGCUUCUUCAACAUCCCAGUGGACAAUCUGAGAGCCUCGCCCUUCCUGCUGCAGUACAUACAGGAGGAGAUCCCUGACUAUAGAAAUGCUGUAAUUGUGGCCAAAUCCCCAGCUUCUGCCAAAAGGGCUCAGUCAUUUGCAGAGCGGCUGCGUCUCGGAAUAGCAGUGAUCCACGGUGAAGCUCAGGACGCAGAGUCAGACCAGGUAGACGGGCGACACUCCCCACCCACCGUCAAGACCACUGGAGCUAUUCACCCCAGCAUGGAGAUACCAUUGUUGAUCCCAAAAGAGAAGCCUCCCAUCACUGUGGUAGGAGAUGUAGGAGGACGCAUUGCCAUCAUAGUGGAUGACAUCAUCGAUGAUGUCGACAGUUUCGUAGCAGCAGCAGAGACGCUGAAGGAAAGAGGGGCCUACAAGAUAUACGUCAUGGCAACACACGGUAUCCUCUCUUCCGACGCCCCCAGGUUCAUAGAGGAGUCUGCUAUUGAUGAGGUGGUGGUGACCAACACGAUUCCGCACGAGCUCCAGAAGCUCCAGUGUCCAAAGAUUAAAACGGCCGAUAUCAGCAUGAUCCUGUCGGAGGCCAUCCGCCGCAUCCACAACGGAGAGUCCAUGUCCUACCUGUUCCGCAACAUAGGAGUAGAUGACUAAACAACCUCUCUCUCACACUCACACACACACACACAAAAACAUACCGACAUGAUUCCCAUUUGCCUUCUUAGACCUCUCUGGACACACAGAUGAAUGAUGCACACAGAAAUAUCCAAUGUCCUACAUGUAUAGUGAAUACAAAUCUAAAAUGCUAAUCACUUCCUUUUAGUGCAGCUUAACAGAAAAUGACUGAAUAUCCACACACACACACACACGCACGUAGACAAGCGAACACUUCCACAAAGUAAUCUUGUUUCGUAGCUAUGGCUGCACACACACACACACACACACACACACACACUGAUCUGUGUCCUAAAUGGACGUUAAUGGACUACUGCCUAUCUCUCCAGUGGCUGCUCACUUAUCAAACAGUACACAACUCAGUUUUUUACUCUCAUCUCUGAGUACUUUCUUUAGUUACUUCUCCAUCCUGUCUGCAUUCUGUUUUCCUUAUAUGUUUCCAUUGAAAUUGUUGAUGUUAUAUCUGUGCAGGUUAGAAGAUUAUAUUUGAUGGCAUUGAAUGUCUCUUUCUGAUACUAUAAGUAAAGGAGAUUGUACUGCAACAGUGCCAGUGCCUUCUAGAGGACAUCCAACACACACGCCUUCAUCACUCCAAUACACAACUGGAUCUUGGCUAAUGUUACUAAUUCAUGAUGGCUCUUGUAAUAAAUCCAGGAUUAUGCAGGUUGUCAGCUCAUCAGUUUGUUUAGUAUCAGAGUGCAUGUUUAAGUCCACGCCUCUGUCAGUUUUUAUUUAUGUUGUCUGUGACUGUGCUACUAAUACAGUUAGUUUAGACUCCUACCAGUUGGCCAUAUGUCUGUGUGGUUGCCAUAGCACUUAGAUGCUAAAUCAGGUGUCAAAUCUACUAAUUGCUAAAGUUGAACUGGAAUUAAUACAGGAAAUAUUUUCUCAGUCUAGUUAAUUGGAUGCUACAAACCAGUUAUGGCAGUGCACCUGUGAAACAUGUACUCAUGAGUCAUCCAAAUAACAUUGUGUGCCAUCUUUUCAAUGCCUCAUCAUUUGUUAUUUGUUCAUUCCACAAAUAAGCACUUCUCCUCCAGCUGGAGGGGCCGUGGAUUGAAGAAACUCAGAUUUGAACCUCUAAAAAAAAAAUGUCACUGGAGUUUUACUCUCCAGUUCAAAGUGGAAGGUUGUUCUUAAUCAUCUGGAAAUGAGUUAAUUAAUCCUUGAUUCUUAGAUCAUCUUUGAAAGACGCAGAUGACGUUUGCUUAAACACGUUAUACCUGAGCUUUUUUCUGACUAGCAAAACCUAACCGAAGCAGGUCUUUGUCACUUUACCAGAUGUGUUCCAAAAAUGUUUUGUAUUUAUUUUCAGCACUUAAUCUGAGUAAAUAUGAUCUAUGAAAGAAAAGAA